AUGAGCCAGCAACAGCCACGAAGGCCCCAGGCCGACCAGUCACCGCAGCAAGAACCCAUCAAAUACGGUGACGUUUUCGACGUCUCUGGGAAGCUAGCAUCGAAUCCCAUUGCGCCACGAGACGCCGCCAGUAUUCAGGCAGCUGAGAACAUGGUCCUCGGACAGACCCAAAAAGGCGGCCCGGCUGCCGUCAUGCAAUCGGCAGCCACGGUGAACCAGAGGGCCGGUCUUGUCAACCGCGGCGCUGUUAGCGAUACAGCCAGAGACCAAGGCGUCACCGUUACUGAAACCGUCAUAGACGGCCAACGUGUUAUCGUCGAAGCGGUUGGUGACCAAAUUGUGGGGCAAUAUGAGCAACCAGAUGUGCCAAAGAGAUCUCCUGGAGCAAUUUUUGAUCCUGAUUCAGUUACAAUCGGUGAAGCUUUAGAGGCAACGGCUCUUUCCGUGGGGGAUAAACCGGUGGAUAAGAGCGACGCCGCUGCUAUUUAUGCGGCGGAGGUGAGAGCGAGCAGUAAUAAUGAGAUUAAACCUGGUGGGGUUGGUGCCAUAGCGCAGUCUGCAGCCGCCCACAAUCAACGAACAAUGUUCUUCGCAGAUAAGACCACCAUCUCGGACGUUUUGGCGGAUGCAACCACGAAACUGCCUGGUGACAAACCAGUGACGCGUGAAGACGCUGAAGGAGUGAUUAGCUCAGAGAUAAGAAAUAAAGCUGAUUUGAGAACCACACCUGGUGGAGUGGCGUCUUCCAUGGCUGCAGCAGCUAGAUUUAACCAAAACAAAUGAGAUCUAAAUAUGAAUAGUUUACUGUUGUUCUAAA